AUUGUUUGUUAAGUUUUAUAUAAUAUAAUUAAGUUUAUUCGAAAUUAAUUUAUAAUGGAAAAUGCAGAUGUUGAUCAAAGAUUGCGUGAUUUGCAAAGGGAAUAUUUGGAUUUUCUCGAUGAUGAAGAAGAUCAAGGAAUUUAUAUGCAACAAGUGAAAAAUUUGAUAUCAGAUAAAUUAGUUCGCCUAAUAGUAAAUAUAAAUGAUUUGAGACGAAAGAAUCCAGUUCGUGCUACUUCAUUGUUGAACAAUGCCUUCGAGGAGCAAUUGGCUUUCCAGAGAGCAUUGAAAGAAUACAUUGGAUCUGUUGAUCCAACAUAUGCAAAGGAACAUGAAGAUUUUUUUAUUGCCUUUGAAGGAAGUUUUGGAAAUAAACAUGUUACACCUAGAUCUUUAACAUCUAGAUAUCUUGGAAAUCUUGUUUGUGUGGAAGGAAUUGUUACUAAAGUUUCAUUGAUCAGGCCAAAAAUAGUUAGAAGUGUGCAUUAUUGUGAUGCAACCAAAAAAGUUAUUGAGCGCAAAUAUACAGAUUUAACAUCAUUCGAUGCAUUUCCAUCAAGCUCUGUUUACCCUACAAAGGAUGAAGAUGGAAAUUUGUUAGAAACAGAGUAUGGAUUAUCAGUAUAUAAAGAUCAUCAAACAUUAACAAUUCAAGAAAUGCCUGAGAAGGCUCCUGCAGGUCAAUUGCCACGUUCUGUUGAUGUAGUCUGUGAUGAUGACUUAGUAGAUCGGUGUAAACCUGGAGAUAGAGUUCAGAUUGUAGGAAAUUACCGGUGUCUUCCAGGAAAGCAAGCAGGAUAUACUUCUGGCACAUUUAGGACAAUUUUGAUAGCCAAUAAUGUAUCACAAUUGAACAAAGAUCAGAACCUUUCUAUAUCUCGUGAAGAUGUUGCAUUGUGUAAAAAACUUGCAAAAAGUAAAACAGACGUUUUUGCAUUAUUGUCUAAAUCUCUCGCUCCAAGUAUACAUGGUCACCAUUAUGUUAAAAAAGCCAUAUUAUGUUUAUUGCUUGGUGGUGUUGAAAAGUUGCUACCUAAUGGAACAAGGCUUAGAGGAGAUAUUAAUAUUUUGUUAAUUGGAGAUCCAAGUGUAGCUAAAUCUCAAUUGUUAAGAUAUGUUUUGUGUACAGCACCUAGAGCAAUUCCCACUACUGGAAGAGGAUCAUCUGGUGUGGGUCUAACAGCGGCUGUUACCACUGAUCAAGAAACUGGUGAAAGAAGACUUGAAGCUGGUGCCAUGGUGUUAGCUGAUAGAGGAGUUGUCUGUAUUGAUGAAUUUGAUAAAAUGAGUGAUAUUGAUCGAACAGCUAUUCAUGAGGUUAUGGAACAAGGAAAAGUUACAAUUGCCAAAGCAGGAAUACAUGCUAGCUUAAAUGCUCGUUGUUCUGUACUUGCAGCUGCAAAUCCUGUUUAUGGACGAUAUGAUCAAUAUAAAACACCCAUGGAAAAUAUUGGCCUACAAGAUUCACUGUUGUCUCGUUUUGAUAUACUGUUUGUUUUACUAGAUAUUGCUGAUGCUGAGACUGAUCACAUGAUAUCUGAUCAUGUUGUUAGAAUGCACAGAUAUAGAAAUCCUGGAGAGCAAGAUGGCUCUGUUUUACCAAUGGGUUCCUCUGUUGACAUGUUGUCUACUCAGGAUCCUGAUCAUGACCCUUCUCAAGCUGGGGAAACUCCGAUGUAUGAAAAAUAUGAUGCUUUAUUACAUGGAAAGAGUAGAAGCCGAACAGAUCAAAUAUUAUCAGUAGCAUUUAUGAGAAAAUAUAUACAUAUUGCAAAGUGUAUGAAGCCAAAACUAACUGAAGAAGCUUCAGAACUAAUUUCUGAUGAAUACUCUAAGCUACGGUCUCAAGAUAGUAUGGAAUCAGAUGUUGCACGAACACAACCAGUUACUGUGCGUACAUUGGAAACAUUAAUUCGGUUGUCCACAGCACAUGCAAAAGCCAGAUUGUCUAAAUUAGUUACUGAAGUUGAUGCUCAGGCUGCAAUUGAACUUGUGCAAUACGCAUACUUUAAAAAGGUUUUGGAGAAAGAAAAGAAAAAGCGAAGACGAGAUAGUGGUGAAGAUUCAGAUUCAAGCCAAACACAAAGUCAAAGUAGACCAAAAAGAACCAGAGUUUUGAGGAGACCACCAGGAGAAGAAGGCCAUGAUCCUUAUGAAUAUGAAUCUGAUGAAGAAAUGGUAGAUACUCCUGAUGAAGGUGACUUAACACGAAGAGCUACAAGGCAGACUCGACCAGUUUCAGAUGCACCAUCAACUUCUCAAAAUACAGCUGCCAUUUCGACAGACAGUGAACCCCAUGUUGAGUUAUCUCCUGCAAGACUGCAGCAAUUCAAAUCAAUUCUGCAACAAUUAUUCAGAAAAGAGCGUACACAGUCUUUGUCAAUGGUUAAAGUCGAGGAGCAUGUAAAUAAUGAAGUAACAGAGAAGUAUUCAAGUGAAAUUAAACAAGCUGUUGAUAUUAUGACAAAUGAAAAUCAAGUUAUGUUGGCUGAUGAUAUUUUAUUCCUUAUUUAA